CUCACUGCUCUCCUCUGUCUCUAACACUGGGAUCAGCCUUAGGCUAUCUAUAGACUGGACAUAAUCCAACACCGGGUGAUAACACUGAUAACACAUCACAAAGGUUCAUUCCACACAGGAGCUCAGACUGACUGCUUCACUCGGAAACAUGGCAGCCAAAGCGAUGGAGACGCCGGGCGGGAGGGAGAUGGGGAUGGACGGAGGCCGGUGGAGGAGGAGGAGGUCCCUGAUGGUGUUGGCCGUGGCCCUGGGAUCGCUGGGGCCCCUCCUCCCGCUCGCGGAGGCCAGCAACAUCCUGGUGGUUCCCGUGGACGGGAGCCACUGGAUCAACAUGAAGGUGUUGAUGGAGGCGCUGCGAGCUCGCGGUCACCAGCUCACGGUGCUGCGCUCCUCCACGAGCUGGUACAUCAAGGAGAAGUCCGACAUGUACCACUCGUUCACCGUCCACUCCGACAGCAAGCUGGGCGUGAUGGAGAACCACGAGGUCAUCUCCCGCUUUGUGGUCAGGAACCUGGAGAUCCGCAAGCACGGCAGGACCCCUCUGUCCUUCCUCCGGCUCACGCAGGCGAUCACGGACAUGGUGGCCGACACCCACAGCCACGUCCAAGCCUUCAUCUCCAACAUAUUCGAGGACCUGGAGCUGCUGAGGCGCUUGGAGAAGGCCGGCUUCGACCUGCUGCUGACCGACCCCUUGCUGCCCACCGGCCUGAUGCUCGCCCACCGGCUGAAGCUGCCGAUGGUGUACAACGUCCGGUGGUUCACCGUCGGGGAUGGGCACUACUUCAUCGCCCCCUCCCCCAUCUCCUAUGUGCCGCUGGUGAGCACCAGCCUGACCGACCGCAUGUCCUACCGCCAGCGUCUCCGCAACGCAAUCCAGUACUUCACCGGCAUCCUCCUGGCCCAGCACAUGGUCCACCCCAGCUACGACCAGCUCUGCCACAAGUAUCUGGGUCCUGGGGUGGACCUGACCAGCCUCGUCCAUUCGGCUGACCUGUGGCUGAUGAGAGUGGACUUUGUCUUCGAGUUCCCGCGGCCCUCCAUGCCCAACAUGGUGUACGUGGGGGGGUUCCAGUGCCGGCCGGCCAAGCCCCUGCCCCGCGACCUCGAGGACUUUGUCGCGGGGUCCGGGCCACAUGGGGUGGUCUUCAUGUCCCUGGGGACACUGGUCACUGACUUACCUGAGCACCUGCUCCUCAACAUAGCCUCUGCGUUCGCCCGCCUGCCUCAGCGGGUGGUGUGGAGGUUUCCGGGUCAGCUUCCGGGGGAGGUGGGCAACAACACCCUAGUGACGCCCUGGGUCCCGCAGAACGACCUGCUCGGACACCCCAAGACCGUGGCCUUCGUGUCUCACGGUGGCACCAACGGUCUGUAUGAGGCCAUCUAUCACGGGGUCCCAGUCCUCGGGAUCCCUCUCAUCUUCGACCAGUUUGACAACCUGGUGAGGCUGGAGGCCCGAGGGGCGGCUAGAGUAGUGGACGUGACCCAUUUGGAGACGACCUUCCUGGAGGCCCUGAGCGAUGUCCUGCAGAACUCCUCGUACAGGGAGAACAUGAGACAUCUCUCGGAGCUGCACAGAGACCAGCCCGAGACCCCUCUGGAUAGGGCCAUGUUCUGGAUUGAGUUUGUGCUCAGACACAAGGGGGCUCCUCACCUGAGAUCGGCCAGCCUGGACUUGCCCUGGGCGGUCUACCACUCCCUGGAUAUCCUGGCUACCUUCUUCCUCACCGCCUGUCUCCUCCUGCUCCUCACCGCUCUCGCCCUCAGGCUGCUGGUCAGGUCCUGCUGCAGGGCGAGGAAGGAGAAAGCGGAGUAAUAAUCAUAGAGGGAGGGUCCAUUAAUGAAACCCCCUCCCUUCUUUCACCAGGUUCCUCCUCAAGGCCCAAGUCCUAGAUGUCUCCUAAAUGCCUCUGUCUAGAUCUCCUUGGGCCUGGAGUCUAGGCUUGGCCUCAGGGUCUAUUCCAGGCCACUCCUCAAGGCCUCAAUCCAGAAUUCUCCUUAUUCCAGGUCUCUCCUCUGCACCUAUGUCUAGGUUCCUACUCAAAGCCUCAGUCCCAGAUCUCCUCAGGGCCCCAGACCAGUGUCUCCUCAGGACCUACAGCCAGUCUUUUCCUGAGGAUCUCAUUCCAGGCCACUCCUCAAGGUCCGAGUCUCUCCUCAAGAUCCCAGACCAGGUGCUUCCUCAAUGUCUCAGCCCCGGGUCUCUGCUCAGGGAGAUACCUCUGUCUUGGCUUCUCUCCUCAGGAUCUUAUUCCAGGCCACUCCGCACCAGGUAUCUCCUCCAGGCCCACGUCCAGGUCUCUCCUCAGGGUAUGAGUCCAGGUUUGUUCUCAAAGCCACAGUCCGCAUCUCUCCUCUGGCCCGAAUCCAGGUUUAUCCUCAAGGCUUGGCUUCAGAUAUCUUCUCAGGGCCCAAGACCAGGCCAAUGCUCAAGGCCUGCAUCCUAGGCUGCUCCUCAGGUCCUACAUCCAGGUUUCUGCUUGGGUCUUAAUUCCAGGCCAUUCCUCAAGGUCUCAUUCGAGGCCUCUCCUCAGGGCCCAAGACCAGGCUCCUUCUCGAGGCCCACAUACAGGUCUCUCCUCAAGGGCUGAGACCCAGGCUUCAAGCCCUAUGUCCAGUUCUCUCCUCAGGAUCCCGGUCACUUCUCCAGGCCUCCAUAUUAAACCACACUGCAAAACGCUUACAUAAUCCUAACCUCAGAUUACAGUAGCCAUUAAGUUUCACCUGUCGCGGUCUCUCUCUGUGUCUCUCUGUGUCUUGAAAGAUGCUAUACAAAUGUAAAUUGUUGUUGUUGUCUCUCUCUGUCUCUGUUGCCUGGUCCCUGAGCCCAGAUGGAGCCACGGUUCUUCCGGGGGAGGGGAGGGAAGGGUUGGUAAGGGAGUGGGGGAAGGUGAUAAGGAAGGGGGUAAAGGGGUAAAGGAUGUCACUAUCACUCCUGCCAUCUUGUGGUGAUCAAGGUUACCGCAUCUGAUAUCUGCACAUUAUUAAUAAACAACAAUAAUAAUCA